UAAAUUACAUAAGGCCAAAUUCAUCAUCAUCUUCCUUCAUCCCUUUCUCAAAACAAAACUUUCUUUUUGUCAAUUUGAAGUCUCUCCUUUGACUCUUCACCUUUUUACAGCCGCAACCGUUAAAAAAAAAACACUCGUUGUGUGAUUGCUUCCUUCUUCAUAUAAUAGAUUCCCAGAAAAAUACAGAGAAACAGAGAGAUUGGUGAAACCUCUGGUGUGUACGCUUUUCUUCCUCAGUGAUGUGGAGACGAAAGAUACAUCAUUCCCCUCUCUUGAUUCGAUUAGAGACUCAUCGGCGACGAAGACGUUAGCCCACCAAAUCCUCUUCUUCUUCUUCUUCUUCUUCUUCCCUUGGGGGUUUCUUUUUACUGUUUAUACAAAUCUCCUUUCUUUGAUUCUCUCUCUCUCUCUCUCUCUCAGUCAACAACACAGGGGCGUGCAAUGCAAAGGUUGUGUAGAACUAGAACUAGAACAAGAGUUUCUGAUAAUGGAAGAAGCAACAACAGCUUUUACAAAGUCUCUCUGUCUCUUGUGUUUCUCCUUUGGCUUUUUUCUUUCUUAUCCACCUUGUAUGCCAAAGAUGCGCCUUUGACUGACUCUGUAGGACUAGUUGAUCUUGAUGAUGGUCAGUCAGAUGAGAAAGCUGUGACCUUUGAUGCUUCAUCGUUACUAAAGCCUGCGUCCGUUCAUGAUAUAUCUGAUUUGAGUCGGAGUGAUGAUACAAACCCGUUUAAAGAAAGUGAAGAGAAAGAAAAAUCUGUGAAGGACGCAGAGGUCAAAAGAAUAGUUUCAGGGAGUGGUAUAGAAAGCAAGGAUAGUUUCAUUUCGAAGCAAAGUGAGAUAAACAAGACGGAUACAAUAGGGAAUGAUGCAGAAGGCAAAAAGACUGACUUUACGAAGCAAAGUGAGAUGAAAAAUACAGGUUCGUGGAAUGAUACACAAGGCAAAGACGAUAUCUUGUUGAAGCAAAUUCAGAUGAACAAGACAGACACAAGAAAUGGUACAGAGAGCAAAGACAAUGAUUUUUUGAAGCAAAAUCAGAUGAACAAAACAGAUUCAGGGAAUGCUACCGAGAUCAACGCUUUAAAGGUUGAUCAACCAUCUCGUGCUGUUCCGCUUGGUCUUGAUGAGUUCAAGAGCAGAACGUCUAAUUCCAGGAACAAAUCAUUAUCAGAUCAGGUCAGUGGUGUGAUUCACAGGAUGGAGCCUGGAGGGAAAGAGUACAAUUAUGCAUCUGCUUCAAAAGGUGCUAAGGUCCUGUCUUCCAACAAGGAAGCAAAAGGGGCUGCAAGCAUCCUAAGCAGGGACAGUGACAAGUACCUCAGAAAUCCAUGUUCUACUGAAGGUAAAUUUGUUGUCGUGGAACUUUCAGAAGAGACAUUGGUAAAUACCAUCAAACUCGCUAACUUCGAGCAUUACUCUUCCAAUCUGAAAGAGUUUGAGCUUCAAGGCACCCUGGUUUAUCCCACUGAUGCAUGGGUUCAUAUGGGAAACUUCACGGCUUCAAACGUGAAGCAUGAGCAGAACUUUACACUUCUUGAUCCAAAGUGGGUGAGAUACUUAAAGCUAAAGUUUCUAAGUCAUUAUGGUUCAGAAUUCUACUGCACCUUGAGUCUAAUGGAAGUCUACGGAGUGGAUGCCGUAGAACGAAUGCUGGAGGAUCUGAUAUCUGUCCAAGACAACAAAAACACAUUCAAAACCCGAGAGGGAGAUUCUGAGCAGAAGGAGAAGCCAGUGCAGCAAGCAGAGUCCUGUGAAGGCGAUGCUUGUGAUGAGAGGAGCAUGAAGAAAGAGAACGAGCGGGACGCCCCACCAGAGAAAAUGUUAGCGAAGUCUGAAGCAUCAAUGGCGAAGAGUAGUAAUAAGCUGGCAGAGCCCGUGGAAGAGAUGAGGCAUCAUCAGCCAGGAAGCAGAAUGCCAGGGGACACAGUGCUGAAGAUACUGAUGCAGAAGUUAAGGUCAUUGGACUUGAACCUAUCGGUACUAGAGAGAUACUUAGAGGAACUGAACACAAGAUACGGGAACAUAUUCAAGGAGAUGGACCGUGAAGCCGAUGUGAGAGAACAUGCAAUUGUGACUUUGAGACUUGACUUGGAAGGUAUGAAGGAGAGGCAAGAGAGGAUGGUGAGUGAAGCAGAGGAGAUGAAAGAGUGGCGAAAGAGAAUGGAAGCUGAGAUGGAGAGAGCUGAGAAAGAGAAGGAGGACGUGAGAGAAAGGCUCGAACAAGUUUGGCAAAGACUUGAGUGGAUGGAGAAGAAAGGGUUGAUGGUGUUCACCGUGUGUCUUAGUUUUGGGACUAUCGCGGCUAUUGCAGUUGUAGUCGGUAUGGGAACAGGUCGAGCAGAGAAGACUGUUGGUGGUGCUUGGAUCUUGUUAUUGAUUAGCUCAACAUUCAUUAUGUUCGUUUUAUCUCUUUGAUGAGAGUUUUGGUCUUCUAUUUUUUUUGUUUUUACACUGUAGAGUCAUAUGUUACUGAUUGAGGUGAUCUGAAUAGAUACUGUUGCAACUCAUUCUUGAACCGGUAUAUGGAAUUGAACCAGGAAACUGGAAACAUACCUAA